AUGCUUCCCCUGGAGGUCGGGAAGCAGAAGCCGUGCCGCGUGUCGGAACCGGUGUGUGGCGUGGACAGCCCUCCGGUCCCGACCCGGCGCUUGAAGCUCCGGAGGUCCGGAUCCGCACCUGAGCGCAAGGUGAACUGCGUGCUGGUCGGGGACGGAGCAGUGGGCAAGACCAGCCUCAUCGUCAGCUACAGCACCAACGGAUACCCGGCAGAGUAUGUCCCCACGGCCUUCGACAACUUCACCGUGGUGGUUGUGGUGGACGGAAAACCGGUGAGACUGCAGCUCUGCGACACUGCUGGACAGGACGAGCUGGAGCUCAUCCGCCCUCUGUGCUACAAGAACGCCGACGUCUUCCUCCUCUGCUACAGCGUGGUCCGCCCCUGCUCUUUCCACAACCUGAUCCACCGGUGGGUUCCUGAGAUCCGUCAGCACUGUCCCGACACGCCCCUGGUCCUCGUUGGCACCCAGGUGGACCUGAGGGAGGACGUCCAGGUGCUGAUUCACCUGGCGCAGAACCAGCAGCGGCCGGUGGGCACCGAGGAGGGCCAGCAGCUCGCCCAGGAGCUCGGGGUGGUGGGCUUUGCCGAGUGCUCAGCGCUGACCCAGAAGAACCUGAAGGACGCUUUCGAUUCAGCCAUCUUGGCCAGCAUCCAGCAGACGGACAGCUGCAGCGUCCAACCUCAGAGGCUGACUCUGAGGAAGAAGACGCCCGAUAAGUUCAAGAGCCUCUCGGAGACCUGGUGGAGGAAGAUCAACUGUCUGAUGGGAGAGCAGAGCUGUGACUUCAAGUGA